GGCCGAGCGCUUGGGUUCCUCCCCUGCUUGCGGCCCUGGGUCUCAUUCAUUGCCGCGCUGCUGAGCGGCGCCGUCAGCGGGCCCGUGGGCUCCGGAGGCUGUCCCCGUGGGGCGGGAGGCCGCCAUGGCAACCCUGGAGAAGUUGAUGAAGGCCUUCGAGUCCCUCAAGUCCUUCCAGCAGCAGCAGCAGCAGCAGCAGCAGCAUACCCCGCCGCCUCAGCCCCCUCAGCCGCCGCCGCAGGCGCAGCCGCCGCCGCCUCAGCCGCCGCCGCCUCAGCCGCAGCCGCCGCCGCUGCCGCCGCCCGUCCCAGCCGCGGCCGAGGAGCCGCUGCACCGACCAAAGAAAGAACUCUCAGCCACCAAGAAAGACCGUGUGAAUCACUGUCUGACGAUAUGUGAAAACAUAGUGGCACAGUCUCUCAGAAAUUCUCCAGAAUUUCAGAAACUACUGGGCAUCGCUAUGGAACUUUUUCUGCUAUGCAGUGAUGACGCGGAGUCAGAUGUCAGGAUGGUGGCUGACGAAUGCCUCAACAAAGUCAUAAAAGCUUUGAUGGAUUCUAAUCUUCCGAGGUUACAGUUAGAACUCUAUAAGGAAAUUAAAAAGAACGGUGCUCCUCGGAGCCUGCGUGCUGCCCUGUGGAGGUUUGCUGAGCUGGCUCACCUGGUUCGGCCUCAGAAAUGCAGGCCUUACUUGGUAAACCUUUUGCCUUGCCUAACUCGAACAAGCAAGAGACCUGAGGAAUCUGUUCAGGAGACCUUGGCUGCAGCUAUACCCAAAAUUAUGGCUUCUUUUGGCAAUUUUGCAAACGACAAUGAAAUUAAGGUUCUAUUAAAGGCUUUCAUAGCGAAUCUGAAGUCAAGCUCCCCUACUAUUCGGCGGACAGCGGCUGGCUCGGCAGUGAGCAUCUGCCAGCACUCAAGAAGGACGCAGUAUUUUUAUAGCUGGCUACUAAAUGUGCUCUUAGGUUUGCUAGUUCCUGUCGAGGAUGAACACUCCACCCUCUUGAUUCUUGGGGUGCUGCUCACGUUGCGGUAUUUGGUGCCUUUGCUGCAGCAGCAGGUCAAGGACACGAGCCUGAAAGGCAGCUUUGGGGUGACACGGAAAGAAAUGGAAGUCUCUCCCUCAACAGAGCAGCUUGUCCAGGUUUACGAGUUGACCUUGCAUUACACUCAGCACCAAGACCACAAUGUGGUGACUGGAGCAUUAGAACUCCUGCAGCAACUCUUCAGAACCCCGCCUCCGGAGCUCCUGCAAGCUCUGACCACGGCAGGCGGCCUCGGGCGGCUCACGGUGGCUAAAGAUGAGCCUCGUUGCCGAAGCCGUAGCGGGAGUAUUGUGGAACUUAUAGCUGGAGGGGGUUCUUCAUGCAGCCCUGUCCUUUCAAGAAAACAAAAAGGGAAAGUGCUCUUUGGAGAAGCAGCAGCCUUGGAGGAGGACCCUGAGUCAAGAUCUGACAGCAGUAGCCCAGCCUUUGCAGCCUCAGUGAAGGGUGAAAUUGGUGGUGAACUGGCUGCCUCUUCAGGGCUCUCCACUCCUGGCUCUGCUAGCUCAGCCGCCGACUCUGUGGGUCACGACAUCAUCACCGAACAGCCCCGGUCACAGCAUACGCUGCAGCCAGACUCAGUGGAUCUGACCGGCUGUGACUUGACAAGCGCUGCCACCGAUGGGGACGAGGAGGACAUCUUGAGCCACAGCUCCAGCCAGAUCAGUGCUGUCCCAUCUGACCCUGCCAUGGACCUGAACGAUGGAACCCAGGCCUCCUCACCCAUCAGUGACAGCUCCCAGACCACCACCGAAGGGCCUGAUUCAGCUGUGACCCCUUCAGACAGUUCUGAAAUUGUGUUAGAUGGUGCCGACAGUCAGUAUUCAGGGAUGCACAUUGGACAGCCGCAGGACGAGGAUGAGGAAGCCACAGGUAUUCUUCCCGAUGAAGACUCGGAUGCUUUCAGAAACUCUUCAAUCGGUGUGUUGACUUCAGCCCUUCAACAAGCACAUUUAUUGAAAAGCAUGGGCCACAGCAGGCAGCCCUCUGACAGCAGUAUAGAUAAAUUUGUCUCAAGAGAUGAAGCUGCUGAACCAGGAGAUCAAGAAAACAAGCCUUGUCGGAUCAAAGGAGACAUAGGACAAUCUACUGAUGACGAUUCUGCUCCUGUUGUCCAUUGUGUCCGCCUUUUAUCUGCUUCAUUUUUGCUAACUGGGGAAAAAAAUGCCUUGGUUCCGGAUAGGGAUGUGAGGGUCAGUGUGAAGGCGCUGGCCCUCAGCUGUUUGGGAGCUGCUGUGGCCCUUCAUCCUGAAUCUUUCUUCAGCAAACUUUAUCAAGUACCUCUUGACACCACGGGAUACCAUGAGGAGCAGUAUGUCUCAGACGUCUUGAACUACAUCGACCAUGGAGAUCCACAGGUCAGAGGAGCCACAGCCAUUCUCUGUGGGACACUUGUCUACUCCGUCCUCAGCAGGUCCCGCUUCCACGUGGGAGACUGGGUGACCACUGUUAGAACUCUGACAGGAAAUACGUUUUCUCUGGUGGACUGCAUUCCUUUGCUGCAGAAAACUUUGAAGGAUGAAUCUUCUGUUACUUGCAAGUUGGCUUGCACAGCUGUGAGGCACUGUGUCAUGAGUCUUUGUAGCAGCAGCUAUAGUGAAUUCGGAUUACAGUUGAUCACCGAUGUGCUGACCCUGAGGAAUAGUUCCUAUUGGCUGGUGAGGACAGAGCUUUUGGAAACUCUUGCAGAGAUCGACUUUAGGUUGGUGAGCUUUUUGGAGGCAAAAGCAGAAAACAUACACAGAGGGGCUCAUCAUUAUACAGGGCUUUUAAAACUGCAAGAACGAGUGCUCAAUGAUGUUGUCAUCUAUCUGCUUGGGGAUGAAGACCCUAGGGUGCGACAUGUUGCGGCAGCUACAUUAAUGAGGCUUGUCCCAAAGCUGUUUUAUAAAUGUGACCAAGCACAAGCUGAUCCAGUAGUGGCUGUGGCAAGAGAUCAAAGCAGUGUUUACCUGAAACUUCUCAUGCAUGAGACGCAGCCUCCAUCUCACUUCUCCGUCAGCACGAUAACCAGAAUAUAUAGAGGCUAUAACUUACUACCAAGCAUAACAGAUGUCACUAUGGAAAAUAACCUCUCAAGAGUUAUUGCAGCAGUUUCUCAUGAACUAAUCACAUCAACCACGCGAGCACUCACGUGUGGGUGCUGUGAAGCUCUGUGUCUUCUUUCUACUGCCUUUCCAGUCUGCAUUUGGAGCUUAGGUUGGCACUGUGGAGUGCCCCCCCUGAGCACCUCAGAUGAGUCUCGAAAGAGCUGUACUGUCGGGAUGGCCGCGAUGAUCCUUACCUUGCUGUCGUCAGCUUGGUUCCCCUUGGAUCUCUCAGCCCAUCAAGAUGCUUUGAUUUUAGCCGGAAACUUGCUUGCAGCCAGUGCCCCCAAAUCUCUGAGAAGUUCAUGGACCUGUGAAGAAGAGGCCAACCCAGCAGCCAACAAACAGGAAGAGGUCUGGCCAGCUCUGGGGGACCGGACCCUGGUACCCAUGGUCGAACAGCUCUUCUCCCACCUGCUGAAGGUGAUUAAUAUCUGCGCACAUGUCUUGGAUGAUGUGGCUCCUGGACCAGCAAUAAAGGCAGCCUUGCCAUCUUUAACAAACCCCCCUUCUCUAAGUCCAAUCCGACGAAAGGGAAAGGAGAAGGAACCGGGAGAGCAGCCUUCUGUACCACUGAGUCCCAAGAAAGGCAAUGAAGCCAGUCCAGCCUCUCGACAAUCAGAUACCUCAGGGCCUGUUCCAGCAAAUAAAUCCUCAUCACUGGGAAGUUUCUAUCAUCUUCCUUCAUACCUCAAAUUGCACGAUGUCCUGAAAGCUACUCACGCUAACUACAAGGUCACCUUGGAUCUUCAGAACAGCACUGAAAAGUUUGGGGGGUUUCUGCGCUCUGCCUUGGACGUUCUCUCUCAGAUCCUAGAGUUGGCAACACUGCAGGACAUCGGGAAGUGUGUUGAAGAGAUUUUGGGAUACCUGAAAUCAUGCUUCAAUCGAGAACCAAUGAUGGCGACUGUGUGUGUUCAACAGUUGUUGAAGACUCUCUUUGGGACAAACUUGGCCUCCCAGUUUGAUGGCUUAUCUUCUAACCCCAGCAAGUCCCAAGGCCGAGCACAGCGCCUUGGCUCUUCCAGCGUGAGGCCAGGCUUGUACCACUACUGCUUCAUGGCUCCGUACACCCACUUCACCCAGGCCUUAGCUGACGCCAGCCUGAGGAACAUGGUGCAGGCAGAGCAGGACCACGACACCUCAGGGUGGUUUGAUGUACUCCAGAAAGUGUCUACCCAACUGAAGACAAACCUCACAAGUGUCACAAAGAACCGUGCAGAUAAGAAUGCUAUUCAUAAUCACAUUCGUUUAUUUGAACCUCUUGUUAUAAAAGCUUUAAAACAGUACACAACAACAACGUCUGUGCAGUUACAGAAGCAGGUUUUGGAUUUAUUGGCACAGCUGGUUCAGUUACGAGUUAAUUACUGUCUUCUGGAUUCAGAUCAGGUGUUUAUUGGAUUUGUGCUGAAGCAGUUUGAAUACAUUGAAGUGGGCCAGUUCAGGGAAUCAGAGGCAAUUAUUCCGAACAUCUUUUUCUUCCUGGUAUUACUAUCUUAUGAACGCUAUCAUUCGAAACAGAUCAUUGGAAUUCCUAAAAUCAUUCAGCUCUGUGAUGGCAUCAUGGCCAGUGGGAGGAAGGCUGUGACACAUGCCAUACCAGCUCUGCAGCCCAUUGUCCACGACCUCUUUGUAUUAAGAGGAACCAAUAAAGCUGAUGCAGGAAAAGAGCUUGAAACCCAAAAAGAGGUGGUGGUGUCGAUGUUACUGAGGCUCAUCCAGUACCAUCAGGUAUUGGAGAUGUUUAUUCUAGUCCUGCAGCAGUGCCACAAGGAGAACGAAGACAAAUGGAAACGGCUGUCUCGACAGAUAGCCGACAUCAUCCUCCCGAUGUUAGCCAAGCAACAGAUGCACAUUGAUUCUCAUGAGGCCCUUGGAGUGUUGAACACUUUAUUUGAGAUCUUGGCCCCUUCCUCCCUCCGCCCCGUGGACAUGCUUUUACGAAGUAUGUUUGUCACUCCAGAUACAAUGGCGUCUGUGAGCACUGUUCAACUGUGGAUAUCGGGAAUCCUAGCCAUUUUGAGAGUCCUGAUUUCCCAGUCAACUGAAGACAUUGUUCUCUCUCGUAUUCAGGAGCUCUCCUUCUCUCCAUAUUUAAUCUCCUGUCCAAUAAUUAAUAGGUUAAGAGAUGGAGACAGUAACUCAACACCGGAAGAACACAGUGAAGGAAGACAAAUGAGGAAUUUGCCAGAAGAAACAUUUUCAAGGUUCCUGCUACAACUAGUUGGCAUUCUUUUAGAGGACAUUGUUACAAAACAGCUAAAAGUGGAAAUGAGUGAACAGCAACAUACUUUCUAUUGCCAAGAACUAGGCACGCUGCUGAUGUGUCUGAUCCACAUCUUCAAGUCUGGAAUGUUCCGGAGAAUCACAGCAGCUGCCUCUAGACUCUUCACUGCUGACAGCACUGACAGCAGUUUCUAUGGCCUGGAGAGCUUGAACGCGUGGGUGCGCUCCAUGGUCCCCACACACCCGGCCCUGGUGCUGCUCUGGUGUCAGAUCCUGCUGCUCGUCAGCCACACCGACUACCGCUGGUGGGCAGAAGUGCAGCAGACCCCCAAACGACGCAGUCUGUCCAGCACAAAGUCCCUCUGUCCCCAGAUGUCUGGAGUGGAGGAGGAUUCCGAUUUGGCUGCCAAACUUGGAAUGUGCAAUAGAGAAAUAGUACGAAGAGGAGCUCUCAUUCUCUUCUGCGAUUAUGUUUGUCAGAACCUACAUGAUUCAGAGCACUUAACGUGGCUCAUCGUGAAUCAUAUUCAAGAUCUGAUCAGUCUAUCCCAUGAGCCUCCUGUGCAGGAUUUUAUUAGUGCGGUCCAUCGGAAUUCUGCUGCCAGUGGCCUUUUCAUCCAGGCAAUUCAGUCUCGUUGUGAAAAUCUUUCAACUCCCACCACUCUGAAGAAAACUCUUCAGUGCUUAGAAGGGAUCCACCUCAGCCAGUCGGGUGCCGUGCUGAUGCUGUAUGUGGACAAGCUUUUGUGUACUCCGCUCCGUGUGCUGGCUCGCAUGGUUGACACCCUUGCUUGUCGCCGGGUAGAAAUGCUUUUGGCUGCAAAUUUACAGAGCAACAUGGCCCAGCUGCCAGUGGAAGAACUCAACAGAAUCCAGGAAUACCUUCAGAGCAGUGGGUUAGCUCAGAGACACCAAAGACUCUACUCCCUGCUGGACAGGCUGCGUCUCGCCACUGCACCAGGGUCAUGUGGCCCCUCUCCUCCGGUCACAUCCCACCCACUGGAUGGGGUUGGGCCCCUGGCUCUGGAGACAGUUAAUCCAGACAAAGACUGGUACAUAGGUCUAGUCAAAUCCCAGUGCUGGACUAGGUCAGAUGCUGCACUGCUGGAAGGAGCAGAGCUGGUGAAUCGGCUUCCUCCUGGGGACAUGAGUGCAUUCAUGAUGAACUCGGAGUUCAAUUUAAGCCUGUUAGCCCCGUGCUUGGGUCUGGGCACACGUGAAAUCUCUGGAGGCCAGAAGAGUCCCCUGUUUGAAGCUGCUCGAGUGGUGACUCUGGACCGUGUGACCAGCAUGGUUCAGCAGCUCCCUGUCGUCCAUCAAGUGUUCCAACCCUUCCUGGCCGUGGAGCCCAGCGCCUACUGGAGCAAGUUGAAUGAUCUAUUUGGGGAUGCCGUGUUGUAUCGGGCUUUGACCACUCUGGCCCGGGCACUGGCCCAGUACCUGCAGGUGUUCUCCAAACUGCCUGGCCACUUGCUUCUUCCUCCUGAGAAGGAAAGGGACGCCGUGAAGUUUGUGGUCAUGACCCUUGAGGCCCUGUCGUGGCAUUUGAUCCACGAGCAGAUCCCGCUGAGUCUGGAUCUCCAGGCGGGCCUGGACUGCUGCUGCCUGGCUCUGCAGCUGCCUGCCCUUUGGAGCGUGCUCUCCUCUCCAGAGAUGGUGACCCAUGCCUGCUCCCUCAUUCACUGCAUCCGGUUCCUCCUGGAAGCCAUUGUGGUGCAGCCUGGGGACCAGCUUCUUAGUCCAGAAAGAAGGACGAACACCCCAGAGGCUGCCAGAGAGGACGAAGUAGAUUCACACACACAAAACCCUGAGUAUAUUACUGCAGCCUGUGGGAUGGUGGCAGAAAUGGUGGAGUCUUUGCCGUCGGUGUUGGCCUUGGGUCAUAAAAGGAAUAGCAACACUCCAGCCUUUCUCACGUCGGUGCUUAAGAACAUCAUCAUCAGCCUGGCCCGCUUACCCCUCGUCAACAGCUACACGCGCGUCCCUCCCCUGGUGUGGAAACUUGGAUGGGCACCCAAACCAGGAGGAGAUUUUGGCACAGCGUUCCCCGAGAUCCCCGUGGAGUUCCUCCAGGAAAAGGAAGUCUUCAAAGAGUUCAUCUACCGCAUCAAUGUGCUAGGGUGGACCAGCCGUACCCAGUUUGAGGAAACAUGGGCCACCCUCCUUGGUGUCCUGGUGACUCAGCCACUCGUGAUGGAGCAGGAGGAGAGCCCACCAGAAGAAGACACGGAGAGGACACAGAUCAAUGUCCUGGCUGUGCAGGCCAUCACCUCCCUGGUGCUGAGUGCGAUGACUGUGCCCGUGGCUGGCAACCCAGCCGUGAGCUGCUUGGAGCAGCAGCCCCGGAACAAGCCCCUGAAGGCUCUCGACACCAGGUUUGGGAGGAAGUUGAGCAUUAUCAGAGGAGUUGUAGAGCAGGAAAUUCAAGCUAUGGUUUCAAAGAGAGAGAAUAUUGCCACCCAUCAUUUAUACCAAGCAUGGGAUCCUGUCCCUUCCCUGUCUCCGGCUACUACAGGUGCCCUCAUCAGCCACGACAAGCUUCUGCUGCAGAUCAACCCCGAGCGGGAGCUGGGGAACAUGAGCUAUAAGCUCGGCCAGGUGUCCAUCCACUCUGUGUGGCUGGGGAACAACAUCACACCCCUGAGAGAGGAGGAGUGGGACGAGGAGGAGGAGGAGGAGGCUGAUGUCCCUGCACCUUCGUCGGCACCCACAUCUCCAGUCAACUCCAGGAAACACCGGGCUGGGGUUGAUAUCCACUCCUGUUCGCAGUUUUUGCUUGAAUUGUACAGUCGCUGGAUCCUGCCGUCCAGUUCAGCCAGAAGGACCCCUAUUAUCCUGAUCAGUGAAGUGGUUCGAUCUCUUCUAGUGGUCUCAGACUUGUUCACUGAACGCAACCAGUUUGAGAUGAUGUAUCUGACGCUGACAGAGCUGCGGAGGGUGCACCCUUCAGAAGACGAGAUUCUCGUUCAGUACCUGGUGCCUGCCACCUGUAAGGCGGCCGCCGUCCUCGGAAUGGACAAGGCAGUGGCAGAACCAGUCAGCCGGCUGCUGGAGAGCACGCUCAGGAGCAGCCAUCUGCCCAGCAAGAUUGGGGCCCUGCACGGCAUUCUCUACGUGCUGGAGUGUGACCUCCUGGACGACACCGCAAAGCAGCUCAUCCCAGUCAUCAGCGACUAUCUCCUCUCCAACCUCAAAGGAGUAGCCCACUGCGUGAACAUUCACAGCCAACAGCACGUGCUGGUGAUGUGUGCCACUGCCUUCUACCUGAUUGAAAACUAUCCUCUGGAUGUAGGGCCAGAAUUCUCUGCAUCAGUAAUACAGAUGUGUGGAGUGAUGCUGUCUGGAAGUGAGGAGUCCACUCCAUCCAUCAUUUACCACUGCGUCCUGAGGGGCCUGGAGCGCCUCCUGCUCUCCGAGCAGCUCUCCCGGUUGGACACAGAAUCCCUGGUCAAGCUGAGUGUGGACAGAGUGAACGUGCACAGCCCGCACCGGGCCAUGGCGGCCCUGGGCCUGAUGCUCACUUGCAUGUACACAGGGAAGGAGAAAAUCAGUCCAGGCAGAACCUCAGACCCCAGCCCUGCCACCCCAGACAGCGAGUCAGUGAUCGUGGCUAUGGAGCGUGUGUCUGUUCUUUUUGAUAGGAUCAGGAAAGGGUUUCCCUGUGAAGCCAGAGUGGUGGCGCGGAUCCUUCCUCAGUUUUUAGAUGACUUCUUCCCGCCCCAGGACGUCAUGAACAAAGUCAUUGGAGAGUUUCUGUCCAACCAGCAGCCGUACCCGCAGUUCAUGGCUACUGUAGUGUACAAGGUUUUCCAGACUUUGCACAGCACGGGGCAGUCAUCCAUGGUCCGGGACUGGGUCAUGCUGUCCCUCUCCAACUUUACGCAGAGGACCCCGGUUGCAAUGGCCGUGUGGAGUCUCUCCUGCUUCUUCGUCAGCGCUUCCACCAGCCCGUGGGUUUCAGCGAUCCUUCCACACGUCAUCAGCAGGAUGGGCAAGCUGGAACAAGUGGACGUUAACCUCUUCUGCCUGGUGGCCACGGACUUUUACAGACACCAGAUAGAGGAGGAGCUGGACCGCAGGGCCUUUCAGUCCGUGUUCGAGGUGGUUGCGGCACCAGGAAACCCGUACCACCGACUGUUGACAUGUUUGCGGAAUGUCCACAAGGUCGCCACGUGCUGAGCACCCACACGGGGCGGCAGCAAGGCAGCACUGGACCCAGGGCCCUGCCUGCACUGGUGGUGCUAGGCACCACAGGUUCCCCCCUCACGACACCCAGUGGGGGAGUCUGGCAGUGUCCAUCCUGGCUGUGUGGCAGACACGCUGUUUUGCAGGGAGGCUGUGUGCAGGGAAUAUAUGCAGUACUGUUCGGGGUUGAGCCUGAGUCCUCACAGGAAGCAAGAGCAGCUGCAUUGCUAACCCUUCAUGCUGUAGCUAGUAUUAAAGGCCGGUUAACCAGGUGUUUAUCUUCCUCCUAACGCUGUCACCAGGUUACAGCUGCUCUUGCAUCUGGGACAGAAGUAAGUCCUCCGCUCUUGCAGGUUGGCCACUAGCCCCUUUUGCUGUCCCCUAGACAGAAGGUGACGCCAUCAGGCUGUUGAGAGCACUUCCCCGAGUCUCCACAGCGAGGCUCAGGAAGCCCUGAGGUGGUGGUCCCACUCCUAGCAGGCUGUGCCUGUGGUACCCAGCGUCUGGACUGAGCGUGUGGUUUGCACUGGGUGGGGUGGCUGGGAGCACGACACCCAGCACCAUGCUUCCCUUUCUCUGUUUCUUCUCAGGAUUUAAAAUUUAAUUAUAUCAGUAAAGAGAUUAAUUUUAAGGUAACUUUCUAUGCCCGUGUAAAGUAUGUGCAUUGCAAAGUCUGUGCUGCAUGCCCAGCCUCCGUGGAAGUGGACAGGAGCUGGUCCCUUUCCCACAGUGACUCCCCGCACCCAACACCUAAGUCCUCCUUAACACGCCGACCACAUUUCUGUGGCUCACUGCACCCUUUUCAUGCAUUCACAUUUAAUCAAAAUUUAGAGGAGUGUUAAUGUUCAGAUGUCUGUAUCAGGAACUCUCUAUCCAGCCCCAGUCUAAGGAUUGAAAAAGUGCCCACUCAGCUGUCCCGUGUGUAGGAGGUACCUCUCCAUGCCCGUUGUAGCUCCUUAGGCUCUGCCACCACCAGUGAAGGAUGGCUUCCCUGGCCCUUAGCUGGGCAGGCAAGCCUGCCUGGCCAUGAGCAGCCUCUGUCAAGUCCAGAGACGCUGGCUCGGACAUCCUCUGCUCUCGUCCCAAGCUAGCUGGCUGGUGCUGGGGUCCACUUCCCACGUGGCCCUCCUGCAUGUUGGGGCCCAGAUGCGUGCCUGGCCCAGCAGCCCCAAGGGUGUAAUGAGCUGAUUUGCACCCCUUUUGGUCAAGAGCAAAGCUUGGUGUCCUGGGAACCGCUAGAGAAAGACCCCAGCACCUCUUUGGCCUCCUUACAGCCAAGGAGAGCACAGAUCUGUGCCCACUGGACCAGUGAUGGGGCUCAACCUGAAGAGGCAGGAAUGAGAUGGGCCAGGGCAAUGACUGGACAGUCCACGGUCCCCUCAGAGCCACUGCUUAUUCCCCAUGCCCAGGCCCUGGACCAGCUGUCUGUUUCCAGGCCCGCGGUAGCCAAACCAUUGAAUGCAAACAAGGCUUAGACCAUCAGUUGACCUUGCUUAGGAGUGUGUGGGGCACUUAUGGGUGAGGCUUUGCUUGCUGUCUGACCGUGGGACCCAGCCAGCACUCUGCCUCCUUCGUCCCCAGAGGCAGCCAGUCACUUGGUCACCAGCACGCUGGUCAGUUUGUCAUAAGCUCAAGUGCAGUCAGGGUUUUAGGUAUUUCGUAUGGUGAACGGACAUCAUUUUGAAGCUAUUUUCCAGAGUCUACAAAGGAGGAGGGGCCUUUUGGCACAUGGUUACAUGGUUAGUUACCAUCACAUCUGUCUGGGGGGCCUGAUGUCUCCCCGCAAUGCACACGGCCAGCUGCCUAGAGACCCCCAAGCUGCCCCCCACUUGCCCCAGAGCUGCUGCUUCCCUUCGGCCCUUUCUUGCUGAAGCACUUUGAGGCCAGCUGGGGCAGGACCUGCCCACUGCCCAUGCACACAAGGGAGCUGUGGCGGCCCCUCCUCAGAGCAGCCUUUGGCUUUCCCCGCCGGCCCCCAGCAGAGGCCUCACCAAGCCAGGGUGUGAAAGGUAGAAAUGGGUCAGAUGUCUGAGCAGGACCUUAAGGGAGGGAUGCUACUGAAUUUUAGUAGGAAGCAGGAAAGUCACCAUUCUCCCUCAUUCACUUCGGGCUCCCAUUUCUCCUCCUGGCUUUUCCCAUAGCCUACUAGAAUGUUCGUGAACAUGGGAAAGCUUUCAGGACUUUCUGCCCCCGCCCCCUGGGUUAUUUCAGCGGCUCUGAGAUAGAUCCAUCACAGGCCGGAUGUUGUUCUUGGUUAGAUGUUUACACUUGUGAGAAAUAACACUGUGAAUGUAAAAUUGGGAACCCAUUCUCUUUAGGAUUCCUGUCACUGGGCUCAACUGAGAGUUUAGCUGGCCUUCCCUUGUUUAUGACAUGACCUAAAACAGUCAGUUGUUAACGAGGGUGCUUGGAGCCCCGCUUUGGCCACAGUGCCACCCCAAAGACUUGCCUGUGCGCCCCAGAGAUGGGUAUGAGGUUAUGAGUGACUUUACCUACGGACGAAGGUAUGUGUAUGUGCAUAUGUACAUAUCUAUAAUUAUAUAUAUAUGUUAGAACACAGAUAUGCAAGGCCUCUAAGAAUGGCCGUGUUAGUUCUUGGGAGAAGUUGACUUGUCUUAGACCUGCCACGUGGAGUCGGCUGUGUGACUGAGACAUCUAAGAGUGGGGGUCAUUUGCUCAUUAAAAUCCCACUGAGAAAAUAGUCCACCCUAUCAACUCUGCAGAAGGGAUUAAGACUUUAUCAAGUUCUUAAAAGUUUACAGCAAGCACCAAUCAUAUAUCAAUCCAAAUGUUGUUGGAAAUGUUAAUUUGAUUGUCAAAUUUGGGAGCGUGGGCGGAGGUGGUUUUAUUUUCCUGCAGAUGAUAUCAGGAGGGACUUGAAUGAACCAGGGUGGAGUUGUGUGGCGAUGCACUGAAGUGCAUCUUUUCCAGAAACGGGUCUCCCUCCAGCUGACCCCACUGGGUGUGCAGGUGACUUUUCCAGCUGCCAAGUGUCCUUCACUAUGUUUUCUCUCUGCUAGCAAAUAUGUCCCUUCAGGAGGAAAGAUUGACACUGGAACACCUCCAGACACCCAGCAUGUAGCAUCAGACAAAGCCCUGACCGCACACAGACCCCGCCCCCUUCCCUGGGGUCAUCUCCGGAGCCUCGGGGCAGCUUCUGCGGAGCUGAAGUGAGCCCUGCUGCUGGCUCAGCUGGGAUGGACUCUAAACAGCAGUCACUGAGCUCAGCCAGCUCACAGGCGACACUUCCUUCUCUUGUAGAGGCCACAGUGGACUUGGUUCUGUGUGAUUUGGUGGGAGUGGAAUGAGUUUCCUCUUGACACCAUAAGCGUCCUUCCUAGCAUACGUCCUCACUUUGGCUCUUGUCCCUCCCUCUGCAGUGGGGGCCCCACACUGAAGCUACUGGCCAGGGUGAGACUCGGAGUCGUUCCUUCUGGUGGGGCGCUGGGCGGAACGGGAAAGCAACCUGGAGCCGCCAGGGCUCGCUGGGGAGUUUGGGAUGGCUUAUGUAAGAAGAGGCCUGCCCUGCGCUGUGCCCUGUGCUGCUGGCCUGGGCACGUCCUCGGUAGGGAGGGGCCCACUCAGGUGGCGGUGACAACUGGUUCAGGAGCCACUCUCCCAAAUGCACCUGUCACUUUUUAAUGCACUUGAAGGAACUCCCUCCUCCAGAGUGCUUCUGGGAGCAUCUGGCCUUGGACAGUCACUGCAGAGUUUCUCAUUGCAAACUGGGGGUGACUACCGGCGCUGGAAGAUCGUGGCUGCAUGGACCUGCCACAGGUGGUUCGGCUUUGAUCUGAGUGGGGUCCCCUGUCCUUACUUGCUGCUUCCUGCUGUGGCAGAGUGGCUGUCAGCAGGGGUUUGAGGUCACGCUUCACCACCGCUGCUGUCCCCAUGGUGCCGGGAGCCAGCAAGGCUGUGAUGGGCGCGUGCCGGAGCCUGGCCCAGACCUGACUGUCCACUUCCAAGAGGAGGGAGGAGGACUGACGUGAGAUGUAUAUUUAAAUUUUUUAAACUGCUGCAAACAUUGUACAUCUGAAUUAAAGGAAAAAAUUAAACCAUAAACUGCU